AUGGGCUCUCUGACUCAACCUUUGUCUUUCGACGUCAACAGAGUCGCCAUUAUUGGCGCAGGUCCAGCUGGAAUUGCUGCUGCGAAAUACCUCACAGCACAAGGUAUCCAAGACAUCACGAUAUUCGAGCAGCAGGACCAUGUCGGUGGUAUUUGGCGUUAUUAUGGGUUUGCCCCUGGGACUUGCCCUGUCCCUCAAGAGGAUCCCUAUUGUCCUCCAGACGAGCCUCUCCUGUGGGACUCGACAUCAGUGCCAAUAUUCACAUCGCCUAUGUACGAAAACCUUCACGCUAACAUCCCGAAGGAAGUCAUGAACUUUUCUGACCAGCCUUUUCCCGACGAUGCCAAGCUGUUUCCAGAAAGGUCUAUGAUUGAGGACUAUCUGAUCAAGUACGCUGAGGAUGUCAAGCCUUUGGUCCGUUUCUGUCAGCGUGUUGAGAGGGUCUCAUUGAAGCAACAGGAUGGCAGAGACAAAUGGGAGGUGGGAACAAGAUCGACCAUGAAUGACCACGGCAUUACUACUUCGAUUUUUGACGCCGUUGUCGUUGCAAACGGUCACUACUCCACACCAUAUGUACCCGACAUGCGGAACAUCAAAGCGUUCAAUGAUGCGUAUCCUGGAGUAAUUACCCACUCAAAGCAGUAUCGUACGCCCUACACGUUUAAGAACCGCAAGGUAGUCGUGAUUGGAAAUGGACCGUCCGGUCUCGAUAUUGCCCUGCAGAUCAACCAAGAGUGCAGAAAGCCUUGUCUACUGUCGGUGCGGCACCCCACGGCUCCAGAUCGCCUGACGCACUCUGGAUGCGAGGAGACGGCUGAAAUCGAAGAAUUUCUGGUGGAAAAGAAGGGAAUUCGUUUCAAAGAUGGCCGGAUCGAAACAGAGAUUGACGCUGUUGUCUUUUGCACCGGUUUCCUCUAUAGUUAUCCAUUUCUACAGGAUUUAGACCACAAGCUUGUUACAUCAGGCCGGGGUGUUCACGGUCUAUAUCAGCAUGUUUUCGACAUCCGGCACCCAACUCUCGUCUUUCCUGGGCUCAACAUGAAAGCAGCCCCUUGGCCACUGGUCGAGAGCCAAGCCGCUCUCUUUUCAGCGGUAUGGUCUAAUGACCUCGAUCUUCCGUCACGGGAAGUGAUGGAGGCUUGGGCUCUGGCUCUAGAGAAGCAGGAAGGAGAAGCUUUACACGUAUUUGGUCCCAAUGGGGACGGUACAUACAUUAACAAGCUACAUGAUUGGGUUAUGACAGCUAAGCGACUAGGCAAGGAGCCGCCAUUCUGGAAUGAUGAGCUGAUGUGGCAGCGCAGCGUGUUCCUCGAUGCCAAGGCGAAAUUCGAGCAACUUGGCUGCAGAGCGACAACACUGGAGGAGGUUGGCUUUUACUAUAAGGCUGGCGCCCGAAAGGAUGUAGGGCACCAGUAG